GUCCUAGACAAAAAAUCACAACCAACGCCUCAAGAUGACUAUCUCCAAGAAUAAUAAGAUGAUGGCUCAUCUCAACUACAGGAUGAAGAUCAUCCUUCAGGACGGUAGAACCUUCAUCGGAUUUUUCAAGGCUUUCGACAAGCAUAUGAACAUUUUACUCGCAGAGUGCGAGGAACACAGACAAAUCAAGCCAAAGGCCGGAAAGAAGACCGAUGGAGAAGAAAAGCGAAUUCUCGGCCUCGUACUGGUCCGCGGAGAACAUAUCGUCUCGAUGACCGUCGACGGACCACCACCAAGAGAUGACGAUUCAGUGAGACUCGCCAAGGCCGGAGGAGCUGGAGGUGUCGGACAAGCCAAGCCAGGAGGCCGUGGAAUGCCAGCUAUGCCAGGAAUGCCGGGAAUGCCACCAGGCGGAGCACCAGGAGGCCUCUCUGGAGCCAUGCGCGGACACGGAGGACCAGGAAUGGCAGCCAUGCAGCCAGGAUAUGGCGGCCCACCAGGAGGACGUCCAUUCUAAAAUUUUGCUAUCCAAAUCCGCAUGUUUCUAUCAUUUUUCCCACCGAUCUUGUAUUUUUCUCUGUUCUUUUCAUUUUUUGUGGUAGAAAUACCUUUAAUUAUAUAUUUAAUUUAUCGAUACUCUCUCGGGUGAUCGAGAUCUUCCCAUCACCCACCAAUCUUCGUAAGCUGUUCAGAAUCUGGAAUAAACUUUUUGAAUUUUG